UUUAGAGUGAUUUCCCCUAGAUGCGGUGGUAAACAGGAAGCAAGUCGCUGCGCAUUUUCGUUUUCAGUGGAUUGCUUAAUGUGUGUAAAUGUAAAUCAAUCUUCGUCUCUUAAUCCGACAGUCGCGAUUGCUUAAUAUCAUAUUUUGUUUAGCAAUGUAGUUGUAAAUUAAACUUUGCCUCAUAACCUGGAGUAUUGAUCUAACAGUGUAUUGAAGAUGUCACUUAGGUAGAUUCAGGAGACGGAAUAUUGAUGAUGAGGAGGAUCAUUGUACUGGGCAUUACUUACCUACUGCUGGGUCUCUUCCCCCUCGUGUCUGCUCGUGAAACAGACUCUGACGAAUGGACUCCAGUGAACGUGAUCUCUAUAACAGUGUCAGCAGUGGUUGUCAUGGUGAUCAUUCUUGCCCUGAUUCAGUGUGGGGGUUGUGUGGGAAUGGAAGUGUCUUCUGAGUCUCACCCUGCUUCUGGAGCGAGCAAAGGACAGAACUACCCGACCUCAGUCAUUACAGACGCAAACACCCAAGUUCUAAUGUCUUCCCACACUCUCCCAGGAGACGACCCCUAUCAACCUGGCAACGGGGGUCAAAGUUUGCCAUAUGCCCUUAACCCAAUUGUUCCCAGUGCACCAGGAUUUGCUGGAUAUCAGAGUUCACCCACGCAGUCUGCCCCGGGGUGGGGACAGUCAGGAGGAGGGUCAGCACAGGGGUAUCAGUCUGUGGGCCCCGGGGCACAUCGCCCAGCAUUGAGUAGUGAGCCCCCUCCCCCUUCGUACAACGAAAGUGUUCGUGGUAGUGAUGCUUUAUGGUAGUAAUUUUAUUGUCAUAGAUUUUCUUGUGUGUCUUCCUCUACCAUCAUGCAAAGAUAAAAAGAUACUGCUGUGUAUUGGGCAUUUUAAUCACAUACCAUUGAUGUAAUGGUUAAUUUUUUAAUGCUGUUUAAAAUCAAGUCGUUGUAAAAUCAUAUUUAAAUGAAUUAAAAUUGCUAGAGUAGAACUGUUAAGUUUGUUGUGGGAGAUGGUCAUGCAGACAUUGAUGAAUGGAGACUACAGUAGUUAGUAAAACAUGUCAACAGCAAAGUGCUGAGGAUCGAGAAUUUUGAUUUAUCAUAUAAAAGUAAUUUGUUAUGUCCAUUUGUUUUAAAACUGCAGGGAAUGUAAAUUUAUGUGUUUGACUAUAUAAAUGUUGCGUAAGACUAAAUGUCCAAUCUUACUCUAAUUAGAUCUGACGUCAUUAAUUAGCUUCUGUUAUCGUCCCUGUAUCUGAUUCUUGUUGUAGACAUCUCCAUGACUUCUUGUAAAUCUGAAACUAGGAAAUACUUUGAUGGAGAAAAAAUUUUGCUGUGAUACUUAUAUUCUAAUAGAAUUUUGCUCCCGAAAACUGUCUUUAUGAUGGGUGAUUUAUGAAAGUGAUUUCAUGGAUUGACAUUUGUCUGUCUGUCUCGCUGCUAGAGAAACAUUAAGCCAAUUUCUCCUAAGAUAUCUGAAAUGGAGGAUAUUUCUUCAUGAAAAAGGAAAUAUUAUGCUAAAAAAUUAAGUGGGGUCAGUCAUUGAGCCAAAAAAUGGAAAGAUGGUUCCUGUGUAGAUUCAGAUUCAGUGUUUUGGUAGGAAAUCUAUUUAAUGUUAGACCCUUUGAUCCGCUCCUCGUCACUGAGUGAUCUAAGUGAGUGGAUCAAAAGAUAUGAUUUUAAUCAGACUAGACGAGAGCAAAAACAGGAGUAGGAAAAUGAGAAAAAAAACGUUGGAAGAGGAAUUGAUAGAAGCAUAUUUGUGAAGUCGGAAGUUUAUUGUAACAGUGACUCGCACCUUGAUUUGGAGUCCGGCUUAUUCGGGUGAGCUUCGUGGAUUAUAGGCCUCUUCCUUGUAUUGCUGAAUGGUUUAACAAAUAUGCAUAAUGUAAUAUAGUGUAUGAUUAUCUUUUACAAGCAAUUAAUUAAUGGUUGUAUUGCCAAUAUCCUAUGUUUUUUAUACCAAUUAGUUGUGUCAUUCCAUUUGAGGAAAUAAAAAUUCAUAUCAGAAAAUGGAUAUU